AUGCUGCCCUCGGUUCAGAUGCACCAUUUGGUGCAAACUCCACACCAUCUCGAAUCUCUAUCCCCUCUUCACCUAGACCGUAGACAGGAUCGCCCUUCCUCUACCUAUCAUUCUCGUACCGUGUUGAGAGCAGCUGGAAUGCAACUGGGUUAUGGCUUCACCUCUACCCACCGUCACUUCCCCAUUCGUUCUUCGCAACCGCCUCCGAUGCCGACUCAUCCGAGAACCAACACUUUCAUGGUCCCGUCUCAAUUAUCCGAUUAUGACGAACACCAGCUUAGACGCAAAACUCCAAAUGGCACUAUAGAUGCUGGUUACGAUGGGAAUCCUGCUCAGCUCGCUUCUGGGCCCCCUCCACUGAAGCAUAUGAUACUACCUACCUCCUCUAGCAUCAUGUCUAAUCGCCCUUAUUCACAGCAAGACUACCAUUUUGCGAAACAUCUCACCAAGUCUUCAGUUGAUGACUGGGUAUUCCAGUCCCCUCCGCUUUUCGAUGUUUCAGAUCGCGGUGGCCUUGCCCUCGACUCCAACUCAUCACUCCCGGGUGGCGGCUGGAGACGUGGGCUUGGCAAUGAAUCUCACGCCUUCAUGGCCAUUGAUGGGUCCGCCAAUGGACCCCCCACCGCGUAUUAUGCUUACAAUAACGGCGUCAAGGUGCCUACGGCUCUACAACCUAUAUACCAACACCCCCCCGGUCCUGCUAUAUUUGAUAAUGGAGGAUUGCUCCCGCCCUCAGCUUGGUUCGAGACGAACAUGCCUAGUUAUCACGCUACUGCGCAACCGGUAGGCUUGAGCUAUCAUCAGCCAGUCUCCCAUCUUCGCUCUUCCAACCAGCCCAUGCUAUCGAGAAUACCCUUUGGCCGCUAUGAAGGGGGUUCAGGGAACAUUCAAACACCAUCGCAUGGGUUGGAAUCCCUCACGUUGGAGUCUGGUCAGUAUAGCAGACCGGCAUCCGAGAUGGGUGAUAAUUAUACACCCGCUAGGUUUAAAGAAAAGGUCCUUGCCAAUGCUCACCGGUCUUAUGUUGAGCUUUUAUCGUAUCUUCAUCAAAGCAAGAAAACUCAGAUUCGUUCUCCACGGGAACCGAGGUCUUCCAGAAUGGUUAUAUUCCCCAAACUUCCCAAACAUCCAACUCAUCCGAGUUGUGUCCUCGGCCCGCGACGAUCACACAAUGUCCAGACUUUCAGAGAUUCGGCCAGUGGUAUCCCCCAUGCGGUCAGUUUACAUAUGGACGCAUCGUCAGGUUUAUACAGACAGCCCGUCGUGAAGACUCAAUUACGUAACAGUGAAGCAUUUCAUUCACCUUUCUACCACCCAUUCGACCAUGAAAACUCUAGAUUCCCUAACCCCGAUUCCGAGCGAGCGAGAAUACCCCUUACCCCUCUUUCUAGUGCCAAAGCUGCCGUUGAGAUGUUAACACACUUGUGCGAACAAAGUGGAUGGAAAUGGAUUGACGGGAUGCUACUUGGGGGUUGCUUACAUUAUGGCCUGGAACAUUAUGAACAAUCUCUGGAAUGGUUUCAGAGAAUCAUUUCUGUAGAUGAGACCCACGUUGAAGCUAUAUCAAAUGUGGCGGCCACUUUAUAUUGUCUCAAUCGACAUGAAGAGGCCGAGCGCCAUUGGCUGCGGGCUGUGCGCUUGCGACCUAGCUAUCUUGAGGCUGUUGAACAUCUUGUUGGACUGUUGUGUUCCACCCACCGAAGCAAAGAAGCUGUUGAUAUAAUUAGUUUCGUCCAGCAAACAAUCCGGAUCCCUAACAGCCGGGUCAGCUGUGAUACGAACUUGGACUCAAGUGAUGGGCAUGAUAGUCUCUUGCAUAGCGCAUCUGACUCAUAUGCGCACCCUCCUUGCGGGCCUGUGGGCAGUCAUGAUAAUAUCGCAGAGGGUAGGCAACCUGGGUUUGGUUCGAGCGGCUAUUCUGUUGCUGGAAAUGAGAAUGGCCGUGUUAUUGCACUGAUCCAUGCUAAAGGAAAUAUGCUAUAUGCAUUGAAAGAGAUUGACCAGGCGUCUGAGGCGUUCGAGGAAGCAGUUCUCAUCAGCGCUGGGAGAAAGCUGAAGUGCAUCCAUUCAUUGAUUCGCAGAAUACAGUCGGUUCUGUCGCCUGCGGAUGUCCACGGAGUUGCGAGACGAAACAGUCUAUAUGCGUCAUCCGCCGGGCCUUUACUACUUCCGCCUGAGAGGGCAAGGCACACUGCACAGUAUGUUUUCACUACUCAUGGUGAGCUUCCCGGACUGCGAUUCGUGCCAGAGGGCGCUCUAAAAAGAUCUGCAAUUUCCACCACCAGCAAUUCACUACUAUCAUUAGCAAAAAUAUUUCAGGAUGCCAUGUCCAAUGGAGGCUCCUUCCCAAGACUUCUCCGUCAGCCUUCUGGCAUCGGAGAUAUUCUGGCGCUCUAUUACUUAUCUCUAUCACUCUCCGAGAGUCCUUCAACUGCCAACAACGUAGGGAUAUUGCUAGCCAGCGUUCAACAAACCAAUUCUGCCCUGCCAUUGCAGAUGUUGGAGAGCCCGAACAUGCCGCAAAUACCUGGGAUUGCUCCUGGGAGUGGACUUGCCUUAGCUCUUGCAUACUAUAACUACGGUUUAACUCUGGACGCCAAACAUGUUCACCUGCAUACCAAUCUCGGGAGCUUACUCAAAGACAUUGGACAACUUGACUUGGCCAUACAAAUGUACGAGCAAGCAGUUGCUUGUGACGGCACCUUCGACAUCGCCCUUACGAACUUAGCCAAUGCCGUAAAGGAUCGCGGGCGUAUCAGCGACGCCAUAAUGUACUACAGGCGAGCUGUUAAUUCCAAUCCCGACUUUGCAGAGGCUGUAUGUGGCCUUUCCACCGCUCUUAACUCCGUCUGUGACUGGAAUGGCCGGGGUGGCGUCCUGUUACAUGGUGGCAAAUACGAUCGCUGGCAUGUCGAUGAUGAAGGAAUGCUUCGUGACGUUAGAAACGAAGGAUCUGGGAGCGGGUUGAUGAAGAGGGUUGUUGAUAUUGUCUCGAAGCAGUUGGCAGACUCGUGUCACUGGGGGGCCGGUAUCUUACGGAAUGGCGCCAUCGAAUUACUAGCCCCGCGACUCGAUUUAUCCUCAGCGGAUGAGGCAAGAAGUGAACUCGAUAUUGACAGCAAGCUUCGUGAUUGGGCUGAUCAGCCAUGGGAAGGGUCGAAAAUCUUGAGGCUUAUUGAGCGCUCGAUGAAAGCAACUAUGCGCCAUUGGUAUCAAGACAAGUACUUGUACAAUCGGCCACCACAUUUGGGAUACUCAAGGCUCAAACUGCCAGCCUCUUUAGCUGUGCCAGCUGCACCAACUGUUCUACCUUUCCAUACUUUCACAUGUCCCUUAACGGCCAAAGAGAUCCGCAUGAUCUCCCAGCGGAACGCCGCUAGGAUAUCGUGCUCAACCUUGAAAUCGGCAUGGCUUCCCAGCUCCGUGUAUCCCCCACCCCCACCGCCUAACCCGCACCUCAAUAUUGGCUAUGUGUCCUCGGACUUCAACAAUCAUCCACUCGCACACUUGAUGCAAUCCGUCUUCGGAUUUCACAACCCAUCACGAGCAAAGGCCUUCUGCUACGCUACUACUGCAAGCGAUAAGUCGGUCCAUAGGCUACAAAUCGAACGUGAAGCGCCGGUUUUUCGUGACGUAAGUAGUUGGUCUUCGGAAAAGUUGAUAGACCAGAUAAUCAAGGACGAGAUUCAUAUCCUUGUCAAUCUAAAUGGUUAUACAAGGGGCGCAAGAAAUGAGAUCUUCGCAGCUCGACCGGCACCGAUCCAAAUGUCUUUCAUGGGUUUCGCCGGUACCCUCGGCGCCGAGUGGUGUGAUUACAUUUUGGCUGACAGGACUGCCAUUCCGCCAUCUACAUUACGACCUAUGAGGGAUAAUGUAAACGUCCAAGAUGUGUUUCGGGACGGCGAGUUUAGCGAAACUGGGGACUGGAUGUAUUCCGAAAAUGUCGUCUUUUGUCGCGAUACUUUCUUCUGUUGCGAUCACGCCCAGUCGUGCGAUCCAGGUGAGAGGACUGUUACUUGGGUAGAUGAGCAACGACGCAGGUGGAAGAUGCGUAAAGAGCUCUUUCCAAAUCUUCGAGACGAUACAAUUAUCAUGGGCAAUUUCAAUCAACUAUAUAAGAUUGACCCUUCGACCUUUCGCACAUGGCUGCGUAUUCUAUCCAACGUUCCAAAGGCCAUACUGUGGCUUCUCAGGUUUCCUGAGCUUGGGGAGAAUAACUUGAGGAGAACAGCCAGGGCGUGGGCGGGCGACGACGUGGCAAGCCGUAUUGUGUUUACAGAUGUGGCGCCAAAGCAACAACACAUUUCGCGCGCACGUGUCUGUGAUCUAUUCCUAGACACACCGGAAUGCAACGCGCACACGACUGCGGCUGAUGUUUUAUGGUCCAGCACUCCGUUAUUAACGCUGCCCAGAUAUCCAUACAAAAUGUGUUCCCGCAUGGCGGCAUCAAUACUUAGGGGAGCAUUACCAAAGACACCUCGCGGAGAAGAAGUUGCCCGGGAGCUCAUUGCCACUGAUGACACCGACUACGAAACUCUGGCAACUAGACUUGCGGGGAGUUUGACUUAUCAGUACGUGGAUGGGCAAUAUUGCGAAGGGCAUGGGCGACUAGCCGAGAUACGAAGAAUUCUUUUCGAGGCGAAGUGGACCUGCGCGCUUUUUGACACGCACAGAUGGGUCUCUGAUUUGGAGAGGGCUUAUGACGAAGCGUGGCGGCGUUGGGAGACUGGAGAAGGCGGCGACAUUUACCUAUAG